GUUUUCCAAAUCGCUCUUCAAACUGGCGAACAAGAACUAUAUCAGCAUGGAAGAUCAUCUCCAGAUGAACGAGAUGACGCAUCUCAAUGUACCGGAUAGAGAUAGAUCUAGAAGUGCAUCUCCAGCGGAUUCCUUAGCAUCUUCUGCUACUGAUAUAUCAAUGUUGCCCAUAACAGGAAGAUCAUCGCACAAAAGGGACGAAUAUGGAUUGACUGGUCAUUUGGUUUUUGCCAUUGCUGCAGCUGCUCUUGGUUCUUCAUUCCAGCAUGGGUACAACACAGGAGUUACAAAUAUUCCACAAUUGUUGAUCCAAAAAUUCAUCAACGAGACAUACUAUGACAGAUAUGAAGAAGAUCCGGGAGAAGGAACUGUUACAUUUAUUUUCUCUAUCCUGGUUUCCAUUUUUUGUGUUGGAGGAAUGGCUGGUGCUCUCAUGACUGCUUUUGUGGCAGAAAGGUUUGGCAGGAAAGGCGGUCUCUUGCUGAACAAUAUCUUUGUCAUCAUCGCAGCAACUUUCAUGGGUGCAUCAAAAGCUGCCAAAUCCUAUGAAAUGUUGAUUAUUGGCAGGUUCUUCAUCGGGUUCAACUCAGGAUUAAACGCUGGUCUGGCACCUAUGUAUCUGGCUGAGAUAUCUCCAUUGCAUUUACGAGGUGCUGUUGGAACUAUCUAUCAGCUGGUGAUCACUAUAUCAAUUUUGGUAUCUCAAGUACUGGGUUUACCCCAGAUUUUAGGAACUGAAGAUAGAUGGCCAUUCUUGUUUGCUAUGACUCUAGUCCCUUCACUUUUCAUGUUAGUCACCAUGCCCCUCUGCCCCGAGUCACCAAAAUAUAUUCUGAUUACUCAAGGAAGAGAUGUUUCCGCACAAAAAGCUUUAACUUGGUUACGAGGAACUAUUGAAGUGCAUGAUGAAAUGGAUGAAAUGAGAGCUGAAUAUGAGGCAAUGAAACUCGUACCAAAGGUGACUCUUCACGAGAUGUGGCAUAAUCCGGUAUUACGAACUCCAUUGUUUAUAUCAGUGAUGAUCAUGUUGUCUCAACAACUAUCUGGUAUUAACGCUGCAUUUUUCUUCUCAACUGACAUCUUCCUCAGUGCUGGUCUCUCCAUUGAUGGCGCUCUAAACGCUACUCUAGGGAUGGGAAGCAUCAACGUUUUGAUGACUAUUAUUUCUCUGAUUUUGGUUGAACGAGCUGGACGUCGAACCCUGCAUUUAGUUGGUCUUGGUGGUAUGAUGCUGAUGACUGUAUUGCUAACUAUGUGCUUGGCAUUGCAGAAAAGUGCUCCAUUUUUAUCGUAUUUCAGUAUUCUCUGCGUGAUUACUUUUGUGAUAAUGUUUGCCGUCGGACCAGGAUCAAUUCCUUGGUUUCUUGUAACUGAAUUGUUUGGACAAGGUGCUCGCCCCAUAGCUACAAGCAUUGCUGUUACUGUGAAUUGGAGCGCAAAUUUCGUUGUGGGCUUAGGAUUUUUGCCAUUGCAGAACGUAUUGGGCGUCUACACUUUCUUAUUAUUUACGGCAUUAUUGGCCAUUUUCUGGUUGUUUACGUACAAAUGCGUCCCAGAAACUAAAAAUAAAACUGUAGAAGAAAUAACAGCAAUAUUCAGGCAGAAGGCUUAUCAGUGAAAUGAAAGUUGGGAUCUCUGAAGAAACUGGCCACGUCAUCUUCAAAGGACAGGUAGCUGAUAAUCAUCAUUUAUACAAAAAUCUACAUAAAAUAUACAGAAAGUCCUGUCCAGAGAACUGCAAUAAGUGAUGAGUUAUAGGCCAACUACUAUAGAAUUAAGUUAGUAAAUAUUCAUUAUUGAAACAUGAAUGAAAACUAUACUCAUCAUAUUUAAGCUUAUUUUUACUUAAACUAUAAUGGCGUACAACAGAAGGAGAUAGAAAGUUUCAUGUUAUCUGCGGUGCUCUAUCAGAACCGAAUAUAAAUAGUGUGUUACAGUAGAGAACACAUUGAUCAUGCACAGUGAAUGUUUCAUAUUCAGGAUACCAGCAAUGAAAAAAGCACUACAUCUACAAAAAAGAACCUGUUUUAAUUUUCAACUAAUUAUUUGUUGUAAAUGUUGAGCUCCGACCUUUUUUUUUUUCAAGAUUGAAAUUUUACAUCAUAUCAUGUGACAAACAUUAAAGAAAUCAUUGAACACUGUUCUUGUUUAAGAUAUAAAUGCUAUUUCUAAUGUUUCAAUAUUAAUGUUGCAUAGCUUCUCUAUGUACUUAAAAGUUAAUUGUUUUAAAACGUUUAUUACAUUUAAUAUUUGAGCAAUAUGUUUAGAUAUGUGACUUCGUAAUUUACAUGUAUACAUAAAUAUAUACAAAUAUAUUUAUGAUUUAAAUAUCUUUCUAUUGUAUUUGAAUUACUUUGUACCACUUUCAUUAUAUCAUGUUGGUUUUUUAAAUGUGUUAUGUGUGAAACAUACAUUAUAUAUAACAAAUACAUAGUAUGACUCAUGCUCAUCAGAACAGCGAACGAAAAUCUCACAAACCAAUUUGCUAAAUCAUACCUUUGAACUUUGACAUAUUUAUGCAACAUAAAAAUUUAAUCAACACAAAAAUUAAUGUUGUUCCUUUAGGUGUAAUUGUUCUGUAUUUUAUGCAUAUGCUUCAAAAAACUUACAGACAUUUUAAAAAUAUAAAUGAAUAAAAUUUAAAAAAAAACCCUAAAUAAAUAUUUCAGGUGAAAAGUAAUCCAGUUCUUGGAAUACCUAAUCAUCUGAAUAAUGUAAUACAUUUUUUCUGAAAAUAAAAGGUUUUAAAAUAAAUUUGAAAUUAUAAUAAAGGAACUUGAUCAUUUCUUAUAAAUAGAAUGUUUUGCACAUAUUUAAGGAUAUCACUAGCAAUUAACGUUUCUUCUUUUGAAGCCUUUUAGAGAAAAUCGCAUUUUUUAAUACUAAAAUUAUAAUGAAGUAAAGAACAGAAAAUAGCAUUUAUAUAUGUAACAAUGAAACUACAUAUAGUUAAGAUGACGUUAUACAAAAUAAUAUCUUUUUAUAAAAGCAUUAGAGAUAUGUCAUUUACAAAAUAAAUAAUAUUAGUUUUUAAAUAAAAUCUGUUUUGCACCCCAUGUUAAUAAUAAUGUUUAAUUAAUGAAAAUGACGAAUUGCAUUUUUCAACUAAAAUCAAUGUCCAUUUUAAUGGUAUAGCUUGUAAGAUGACUGUGAAGAUUUUGAAAACAUCACCACAAAAUGCAAACCUUUUUUAAUUGACAAACAUUCCAUAUAUUUCAUCAAGAAAUUCACCAACAUAUUUCCUUGUCCAACUUCACAUUCCCAUUAAAAUAACUCUUUUGAUGUCUAAUUUUCUUUUUUUGGAAAGUACCAAAAAUUGGGUUUUAAAAUACAUUCAGUGAAGAAAGAUAAAAUGUUUCAAUUUGAGAGCUUUAUCUCCAAAUUCACACAUUUUAUAUUAAGUAAGCCUUUUAAGUUAAGUAAUUAAUACUCAUUGUCAUCUAACAAGCUUUAUCUUGAUGCAAGAAAUGAAUUAAGUGAAAUAAGAAUAGUUGUCUUAUUGAGUAGAAUUUUCAGCUGUUGUGACUAGAAGCUUAGGCUGAGUUUUAAAAUGUUUAAGUGCACUUUAAAACAUAAAAUGUAUAAUCAGAAAUAGAAACUUUUCCAUAACAACAAAUGCUUCCUUAAUUGUGAACUAAUUUGUGAUACCUGUAUCAUAGACGGAUAGGGGUUUACAAAGGAAAAUGCUGGUAUAAGUGGUAAGAAUGGAUAAAAAAUCUACAGUAAAACUAUUAAAUAAAUCAAAAUGUGCUAGCAAAUAAAUAUUUGCGAUAAAUCGCUGUAGAUUUUUGGUGCCAAAAUAUUUAUUCCUGAGCAUCUGUUUUUGAGAAUGGUUGAAAUGAAUGCUUUUGCUUUGACUGUAUAUAAAUUUAUAAAAAUACUACAUCUAAUAUAUAUUUUUUGCAGAAGUAAUUGAGAUUUUAAAUUUUGAGAUUGGAAUAUUUUCUUUGUCCUAACGAUACAAGAGCUGACAUUACAUAAAGAGUUUUAUCCAUUGAAAUCUGUGAAUUAAGCUGAAUGUAAAAUGUUAUACAAAACUCUUUUUUAAUAUAUAGAUACUUAUAAGAAAAGUGUAUAUAAAAGUUACUAAAUAUAUUAAACUGGCCUUAGAAUCACAAAAACAUUUAUAUUUAAAAUUAAAAAAUAUAUAAUACUAUAAUAUAUUACACACGUUUUGUAGUUAAAAUAUCAGUGUGCUUAGUUCAGAAUGUCAUACCAAGAAAUAAAAUUAUUUUUAAAAAUAUGUUUAAAGUUUGUAAGCUCAUUUUCAAAUCAAAUUUUUUGUGAUAUAUAUUUAUUUCUGCAUAAGUUUUAAAAUCCAGCCACAAAGAGAUUGUAACAAUUACAUAUUUUUGUAGUUAUAGUCAUUCCAAGAUUGCCGUGCAAAAUGUUACUUUCUUCUGAAAGUUGUAAAUAAUUGAAGAUGCAAUUAUUUGUGUUAGUAAAUCUGUUUUACAUGUAUGACUUUUCUAUGUGGAGCAAGUUUCUCAAAUGUAUCACAGUUCAAUGCAGAUAGAAAUCUGAUCUUGAAAGAAGAUUUUAUUGCAUUAUAUUUAUGUAGCUCACAUGAAAACUCAGAAAGUUUCAUGUGAAUUUCAAAAUUAUAGAUGUAAUUUAUAUCAAAUGUACAAUUUAUAUAUAGCUUGAAUAUUUUAAUGUUUGUAACCAUAUCAUAAUAUAUACUCUGUAAAUGAAAAAAUGUUAGAAUGUUUAAUUUAUUCAAAAUAUAUUUGUUUAUUGUAUGAUUUGUUAAAAAUCUUUGGUAGUUUAAAUAAAUUAUAAAUUGUC